CAGUGCCCCGAAAUAUUCGACAAACGAACAUGCCUUAUCCUACCUAUCGAGGCAGGUGCACUGAGGGCACAACUGAGGGUACAGUGGAGUUGGCGCCGAGCAGUGGUUUGGCGCUAUUGGCUUGGAAAUCAAUCACUCAAACAGACUGGCGAGCGACGUGUAUUGUGCUUCAAUUCAAUCACUUCCUUGCUCUUUCGCCGACCCCAGCCCGAACAAUCGCGCGCCAUGACGACCUUAGCGAUCAGGAGAAGUUCCAACUAAAGGACUUGAUGGAGGAGUGGAUCAUGAGCAUGAGUCGUCCGGUUAUGGACCUCAACAAUGUGACCGUCCCAGAUGUGCUGUUUCGCAGUCUUCUGAUGAAAAUCCUCGAGUUAUGGAAAUCGAAUAUCACUGGAAACCCACGACCUUCGAUCCCUGAACGCACAGCAAAGGAAGCAAGCAUCAUGGUCGGAACGCUGCGAGAAUCCCACCCACCCUCCAAAAAACGAAAACAUGGACAGGGGUCCCCCGAGAUUCAGACUGCGCGCCUCGCUGGAGCACCGAUUUACUUGGCUCCAACCCUUCAAUAUGGUGAGGAAAACGUUCGCUGGAUGUGGCGAGAUGGCAAAGGCCAGAAACAAGCCAAGAUCAAUCUCAUGAACCAUUACGACGCCUGCGAACGACUCCGUGUCAAGAACUUCAACUCAGAGCUGGCGAUUUGUCUCGCGCGCCGGCGCAUCGUCCGAUUCGCCCGGCGGGAGGACAGUCAAGCGAACCCGAGGGUUCACUCGGACGACUGCGCAGCUGGAUCUGUCGAGUUGGAGCUUAUUCAGGAUGUUGUUCACAGCAUUCGGGUAUUGGGAAUGAGCAUUGGGAAUCGGGCUUUGGGAAUUGGGUUUCUGGGCAUCGGGUCAUGGCCUGCUUUUGAUUCGGGCGGUUUAUCGCAAGCGAUCACGGGGCAAACAUCGGUCUAA